GAAUCACAAAUAGUCACAUGGUGUAAACAUGGUGCUUUUGCAAAGUGUGUCACAAUCACGUUUCAUUGCUUUUUUGUUUGUGACAAUGUGAAUUGACGUCGUCAGUGAAAAGAUUUUGAUGUUCGUGUUGUUAUACAACAUAAUAUUCACGCACUUGUAAUUGCAGUUCAUCAUUCCACUUAAAACAUGAAUGCCAUUAUUUCCCUCUGCCACUUCUGUGAAGUACAUGGCCCCCAGGUUUUGUUCUGCACCCAGCCUCUUCAUCCUCUAGAGAGAACAACCUCCACUGAUUCAGACGACACAGUAACAGGUGGACGGCUUGUCCGCUCAUCAUCCAUAACAAACGAACCCACAACACCAACCUCUGCCACUCCAAAAAAUGACUUUUGUGGGGGAUGUUCGUCUGUGAAGACAGGAUUUAUAAGCAGAGAUGAAGAUGCUCAAGUAAACUAUAUCAGCAGCAAACAGCCCUAUGACAGAGAAGUUUACAGCAUGAGUAGACAAGCUUGUUUACGGUCACUUACAGGGGAGGUUUGUCUGGGAAAUGAUGGACCAAUAUUCUUUGGAAAUGAUCAGCAGGGCCAUGUUUUGAGUUACACCUUUCACAUAAAUGAUAGCCAAGCCAGAGGAUUUAGCAAGCGAUACAGUAUUCUGGUGGUCAUGAUGGACAAAAUCUACCUUCUGAAUUCCUGGCCUUUUCUUGUUCCCCAUCUAAAAACUGUCAUAGAACACAUUACAAAGAAAGCUAACAUAGUAUAUGAGAGGGAGAAAGCAAAAAUUCAUCAGCAACCCCCACAAACCUCAAGGUGGAGUAAACCAGCACGGUCAUUGAUGGACCUGACUGAUGAUAAAAACAUUUUUAAGAUCCUGCAUUUGUCUUUUGUGUGGAUUCUGAAAGCUUGUGGUAAUCGUAUAACGGAGACUCUGCUAGAAGGGCCUCCGACUGAGGACUCCAUUAUAGAUAUGGAAAAACAAGAAGAGAUCACCGAGGAAGGUUUCUGCCUGAUUUUCAGUAAGAAAAUUAACGUAGAUGAUGUAGAGGACAGUUCCAGUAGAGAGAUUACUGAGAGCCUGGGGGUAGAGGAGGAGGAAGAGGGGGGACCCGCCAUAUUAAACAUCAGACAUCUUAUGAAGAUUUUAGGUGAAGAUAAAUUUCAUGUUCUGGCACAUCAUGUUGUCAUCGGCAACCAGAUCAUAGUUCGGAGCUCUCUCAAGUCUGUUGUCAAAUCUCUCCUAAAUGUACUCAAGAGCCUGCUGCCAAAGGGUUGCUGUAGAGUGAUCCCCUAUAGCCAGGUGUAUGAAGAAUCCUGGAAGUGUAACUUCCUUGGCCUGCCACCAGAGGUAGAUCUUCCUAUGCACAUCAUGUCAGAUGAGACAUUUGUACUGGUGGAAAUCAAUGAACAGAAAUCAACAGAGGCACAGUCGGGGGAAGAGGAAGAUCUGCUCAACAGACUUGAUUUCAACAUGGCCAGUCCCAGAACAUUGCCAGACAAAGCUCCCAGUGCCCUGUACAAAAUGGAACUUGCUAUUCAGAACAAUGAUCUAACAGAUACUGUGGUGGAACAUUAUCUCAUCUGCCUCAAGGAGGAAUGGAUGAAUAAAGUGAAAGUGCGAUUCAAGUUCACAAAAGCAGGUGGAAGUAGGUCUGAGGAAGACACCAAGAAACUCCUGCAGGUGAUUGGUGCAAAAGAGGAAGACACGCCCCUCCUGAAGUUCUGGAUGCAAGGACUUAGCUUACAAUACAGGAAUCACAUCUUAACAACUUCAAAAUCAUCACGAUGAUAACAGAUUAGUGAAGAAAGGGGACAUUAUUCUGAUUAAGAUUGAAGUUAUUCAGCUGUGCUUUCCCAUAAUCAUUUGUGCCAAACAAUUUCAUCAAUAUGGAUUUAGAAAUGUGACUCAAAAACUAUUUGAAAAGCAUUUUUUAUGCCAUGGACAUUGUCUAUGAUUCUUAGUUGACAAAUGCAAAUGCAUUUCUGUUUUUCAUUUUAAUCAUUUUCUCUCAUGAAUUUAGAAAUAUAAAGCCUAUGUUUGUGAACGUGCAAUAUCAUUUUAUAUUUUUCAAAGUCAUUGAGUUGUUGAUUACCAGGUAUAUGUGUAAAUGUAUAUAAACUGUAUCUUUUACAAUGAGGAAAAUAAAAUUGCUCAAAACAA